AUUGUCAACGAUGAAAGCAAAGACGUUCUUAUUGAAUUCUAUGCUCCAUGGUGUGGUCAUUGCAAGGCUUUCGAACCAAAAUACAAGGAACUUGCUGCCAAGCUGAAGAAAACCGAGCCAAACCUCGUCAUUGCUAAAAUGGACGCUAUUGCUAAUGAUGCUCCUUCGCCAUACUCUGUGGAAGGCUUCCCAACAAUCUACUUUGCUCCGAGUUCAAAGAAGGUAGGGACAUGA